AUGAUUUCAACGCUUACUAGAAGACUUUUGAGGGACUGGAAACGCAUAUCACAUCAGGAAGGAUAUCAAUAUCAUGUGAAGCCACAAGAUUCAAAUUUACACGUUUGGCAUGUUGUGCUCACAAGCGUGGGACAAGGUUACGAAACAGAAAUUUACGCGAUGUUAUACAUAGGAAGCAGUGAUGUUGAACCUAUUAUUGUUUUGCACUGCCUCACUCCCAAUGGAACCUUUCCUCCCAACAGGAACGUCAGCUUGACUCACUUAUCACCACUGCUUGUAAGCGCGGGGCUCACGGGACUACUAGAUCACCUUCAGAACUUGACGUCUCACACACUCAAAGUGAAUCCCAAACUAAUGAAGGCUUGGAAUAGAAUCAUGAUUAAGGAUUUCCAAUCUUACUUUCCAGAGCUUUGCUCUGAUUAUAGCGUUAAUGAUGAGGAUUACGUAUUGGUUCAGCAAUGGCUGAAUCGAAAUUCUGAGCGUCAACUUAAGCCCGCUUCUUUCAGGUUUAAAGAUAUAUCACAGGCGACCACCAUAGCUUGUGAUAACGAUGGCAGGGAUACAAAGAGACAGCGCACGGGGCAAAACGCACAACAACCUACAAAAUGCGACCAUUCGGCGGAUUACGAAUUGCAUAGAAAGAAGAGAUUAUGA